GUCAUCUAUGGAGUUGUGGCUGAGAGGUAAACAAAUGCUGGCGUCUCUCCUCGGUGGGGGUGGAAAAGAGCUAAUUUUACACCAAUUACUGACUGUUUGGUGACUCUCGCGCCCUGGGGAGGAAGAGGAAGGGCUUGGGCGUCACCACACUUACUAACACUCCGACACCGCCAGCACAGCAUCAUGGCCGCCACAGAACAGAAUACAGUGAGCAAGACGUGGGAGUUGUCACUGUACGAACUGCACCGCACACCACAGGAAGCCAUCACAGACAACACAGAGAUCGCCGUCUCACCGCGCUCCCUCCACUCAGAGCUCAUGUGUCCCAUCUGCCUCGACAUGCUCAAGAACACCAUGACCACCAAGGAAUGCCUCCACAGGUUCUGCCAGGAAUGCAUCAUCACCGCCCUACGCUCGGGAAACAAAGAGUGCCCAACGUGCCGCAAGAAACUGGUGUCCAAACGAUCCCUCCGGCCGGACCCAAAUUUCGACACGCUUAUCUCCAAGAUCUACCCGAGCCGAGAUGAAUACGAGCAGCACCAGGAACGUGUCAUUGCCAAGCUCAACAAGAACCACAACCACGCGUCGCUCAUCACGUCCAUUGAGGAAGGCAUCAAGCUACAGAUUCAGAGUCGCCAGAAGAACAGGAAGGCUUUGCAGGAGGACGGAGCCACACCCACACCCUCCGCCCCUUCCACACCCACCCCCACAGAUCCCUCCACCACCCCAGUCACCACGCCCAAUGUCACAGCCACCGCCACCACUACCACCGCUGCUGCUGCCACUACGCCUCAGUCCACUGCUACAAGUCUCGGCCCAAAGGUGAAGAAGCCAAGACGGACCUCAGAGAACGAGUCUGGGCCUGGUUCGAGUAAUGACGGCAACCCAGGCGAGGCGGAGGACGGCGGACCGGUGGAGGCAGGGGAGAUUGAGCUGGUGUUCCGCCCUCACCCGCUGGAGAUGAACGAGGACAAUGAGUUGAUAAGAGAAUUGAAGGACUCAUCAAUCCGCUACAUCAAGACCACAGCCAACGCCACCAUCGAUCACCUGUCCAAGUACCUGGCGAUGAGAUUAACCCUUGCCAACAGAACAGGAGAGUUGGAGACAGAGCUUCCAUCAUCACUCAAUAACUUCUGCAUCUACAUCGCCCCGACCCCCGACCAGUACAUUGGCGUGGUGGGCUCACUCACGCUGGAGCAGAUCAAUGAGAAGUACUGGAGGGUCAACAAGCCAAUGGAGAUGUUCUACUCUUGGAAGAAAAACUGAUUGGGUGUCCUUGUUUGUGUGCUGGAGAAAGAGAAAGAGAGAGAGAGAGAGAGAGAAAGAAAGAGUAUGUGUGUUUGAGGGAGUGAGGCUUUUUGUGUGUGUGUGUGUGUGUGUGUGUGUGGUUAGUUAGGUUAGGUUGUGUUUUUUGGGGUAUGUGUCUGUGUGUUUGUGUAUGUGAGAGAGAAAGAGAGAGAAAGACAGACUGACGGUGUGUGUGUGUAUUAGUUUAAAAGGAGUUUUUGCGAUGUUUGUGUAAAAAAAGAGAGACAGACAGACAUACAGAGAGAAGGAGAGAGAGAGAAAGAUAAUGUGUGUAUGUGUGUGUGAGUAUAGGAAUGAAUGAGUGUGUGUGUGUGUGUGUGUAUAGGAAUAAAUGAGUGUGUGUGUGUGUGUGUGAUGGUGUUGGUUCACCUGGUAGUAGUGGUAGUAGUAUUUGUCAGGGCUUUCCAUUCAUCCAUCACAAACAUCUCAGGACAAUUCAAGCAUUCAAACACCUUAACAUUAACAAUCCUUGCUAAAUUUCUAUACAAACUCUUAUUUAUUGAUUUUAAUUCAUUGCUGUUGUUGUUGUUAUCAUUGUUUAUCCUGACUGCUGUAUAGAGGUACUGUCAUUUUAUCACUGUCUCUCCUUUUUUUGACGUUCUAUAUUUUUCAAAGACAUUUUACUGGGUUUUGAUUGAAGUUUUGCUCUGACGUACUAGGAAUUCACUUUUAGCCAGACUGAUAUACAAAGGUCAUCAUUUUUGCAUUUCUUCUCUAUUUUUUUCUCUUUUCUCUUUUUUUUUUUUUCAAGGGCUUUUUUUUGUGUGUUUUGGUUUGUGUUUUGUCCUGACGUAGUAGGAAUUAAUGUUUUGUUUUCCUUUGUUUUUCUUUUUGUGUUUGAUAUGCUGUAUAGAACUUACCUUUGUUCAUCAUUUCUCUCCAUUUCUUUUCUUUCAUCUAAAUUUUUUCAAGAUUUUGUUUCUAUUUUGUCCUGAUGUGGAAGUGCUAUUUUUACCUCCAUUUUUCGUGUGUGUGUGUGUGUGUGUGUGUGUGUGUGUGUGUGUGUGUGUGUGUGUGUGUGUUUAAAUCUGAUAUGACAAUAAUGGGAUGAAACGAGCCUUAGUGUUAUCUUUUUAUCUAUACAUACUAUACGAGAGAGAGAGAGAGAGAGAGAGAUUGCAAUUUUUAGAUAUGACAGAAAAACACCCACAAUUAAUCUUUUAUAUCUGUGUAUUCUGAAUUGGUGUGUGUGUGUGUGCGUGUGUGUGUGCAUGUGUGUGUAUGUGUCUGCCGGAUCCCAGGAAAUAGUUGGAUUCUAACAAAUAUCCCAAUGAAUUCCAUUUUUUCCUGUUUGCCUUUCCUAAUAAAUCAAGAAAGUGCUAAA